CUUCUGGUAACACGUGAGAACAGUUGAAUAGAAUGGGUUGGAGAAUCUUUAUAGUGUAAUGUACUUCAGCAUAAAAGAAAUAGCAAAAUAGAGGCUCUUGCCACUAACAUUUGAUGGUUCACCGUCUACAAUGGUGGCUACAACCUUCUCUUCUGGUAGUACCAAAGCAUACUGAGUGGCCUGUGCUGAAAGAAAUCAAGUCAUGGUCAAGAAAUAUUAAAAAACAAAAGAACUUAUCAGAUUUAAGUUUGAGUCAAGCACAUACACCACAUGCUGAAAUCUGUUGUUUUUCUUCUCGAAUCAAAUAUUUCAAUUCAAGAAAGAUGAGUGUGUUCACCCAGCAACUUAAUCCUAUAACUGGGAAACUGGAGUGGGGCAUACAGCCUGAAGAUUAUGACUACAAGCAAGAGGUAGCACGAUCUGCUUAUGCGGACAUGCUGCAUGAUCAAGAGAGGAAUGACAAAUACUAUGAAGGACUGAGGCGUUCGAUAGCAGACCUACGAAAACGUGGGCAAGAGGUGCAUGUGCUAGACAUUGGCACAGGUACUGGUCUGCUGUCUAUGAUGGCUGUUGCAUGUGGAGCUGACUCUGUUACAGCCUGUGAGGCAUUUUAUCCCAUGGCUGAGUGUGCAAGGAAAGGAUUAACGGCAAAUGAAUGUGCUGAUAAGGUGCGUCUGGUGCCCAAGCGGUCUACAGAAAUUGAAGUUGGACCUGGAAAAGACAUGGAGAGGCGGGCUAACCUGUUAGUUGCUGAAGUGUUCGACACAGAGCUGAUUGGUGAAGGAGCAAUUGACACCUACCGUCAUGCACGAGAUGUAUUGCUUACGGAAGAUGCACUCUUGGUUCCUUCAGAAGGGACGGUAUAUGCUCAAGUGGUAUCAUCAAAGAUGUUGCAGAGAUGGAACCACAUCCAGCCUGUUACUAGAAUCAAACAGGGAAGCAAGGAAGAAGAGGUACUGGUGUCAGUGCCAGAAUGUGUACAGCGAUGCCCAGGUGCUGCUGCAGUCCAUGACAUCCAGCUCUCUCAGGUGCCACAAGAAUGGUUUACUCCGAUGUCUCACCCGUUACCUGUAUUUUGGUUUGACUGGAGUGGCAGACAGAAAGAUAUACCAUGUGAUGAGACAACUCGUGUCAAGUUCAAGACCUUGGCAUCUGGUGAUUGUGAUGCUGUGUUUAUGUGGUGGGACCUGAGGAUGGACCAGGAUGGGGAAGUGAUGCUUAGUUGUGCUCCCUACUGGGCUCACCCUGAUCUUGCUGAUAAAAGUUGGAAAGGUAGUAGUGAGGACAUUCCCUGGAGAGACCACUGGAUGCAGGCAGUGUAUUAUCUCCCACAACCUCGCACAGUAUGUGAAGACACCACGUUUACUCUCCUUUCAGCACAUGAUGAGUACAGUCUCUGGUUCAACAUUCAAAAGGAUGAGAGUGAAGACAUAUGUGAGGAGCGGCCAGUCUGUGAAUGUGGCAUUCACAUUGCGAACUCUCGAACUCGUCUAGGGCAGCUCAAUGAUCCUCGCAGAUUAGAAAUGUAUGUCAGAGUCUUAGAAAAAUAUAUUAAGCCUGAUAGUGUCUGUUUAGCAUUGGGUGAUGGCUGUUUAAUGGCUGUAGCUGCUGCUAAGUUAGGAGCUCGUCAUGUUUAUGUUACUGAAGGAAGUGACCCAAAUAGAAGAGUGAUACAGGAGUUCAUCACAACAAAUGAUGUUCAACACAAUGUUACUAUAUUAUCAGAAGAUGUUUGUGACACUUCUGUGGAGCAGAUGGUGUCACCUGCAACAAUAACGUUUAGUGAACCAUUCUUCUCAACGUCUCUCUUGCCGUGGCAUUCACUCUACUGCUGGUACAUGCGCAACACUUGCCUUCAUCUGCUGGCGCCUGGGGCCAUCAGGACACCAGGCACUGUCACAAUUUGGGGUUUACCUGUUCAGUACAGAGACCUUUGGAAAAUUCGUGCCCCACUACAUCAGUGCAACGGAUUCAAGAUGGAUAUAUUUGAUAAGCUUAUUGAAACAGCAUGUGAAGAAGCAGAUGAAAGAGUUGAACCUCAACCACUUUGGGAGUAUCCAGCUAAAGCUCGAGGGUAUCCCAUCCGUCUUCUCACUUUAGAUCUGGCUGCCCCCAUCCCUGAAAACCCCAUGACCUCUGCCGACUCUAUCACAUUGCCGAGUCCUGGUCAUGUCAAUGGUAUGGCUCUCUGGGCAGACUGGCACAUGACAGAUGAACCAGGGGAUGCUCUUACUACAGGCCCUGUGGAACCAGUUGCUUUAGAUCAAUAUGUUAGUUGGGAUGUAUACAGCCGACAAGGAGUGUACUUGUUCAAAGAGCCUGUGACUGUUGACAAGAUGCAGCCACACACACUACAUUAUUCUGUCACAUUCCAGCCAUGUGAUGGCACUAUGGUAUUUGACUUUCAGAUGAAAAGACAAACAUUAAAUGACAGUUGAUCAACAAGGGAGAAAAUUUGGAUAUUAUACAAAUAUAUAAAAAUUUUCUUAUGUAAUGUUUGCAGAAACUUCCUAAAAUUAUUAUACUACUGUAUCUUAAAGUGGCAAUGUGUAGGGGUGGACAGGUAAUAAGUUACAUAGAAAAGAGUCAUAAUAUUAUGAACAGUAGUGUGUGCCACCAGUUUUUCUCAGUGAUGUAUCCGUUAGCCGGAACAUUUGGUGCAGGGCACUUCCGGAAAUGAGAGAUUUCCGGGUAACGAGACGACUCUCAAAGCCAGAAAAAAUCCCUCGUUGUUGGAAUUUUCCGAGUAACGGAAAAAUGUUCUUGACAGUUCCAGGAAUUACCCAUUAUAUCUUUUCUCGAACCCGAAAAAUUUUCCCUCAUCCUCGGAAUUUUCCAGAAUUUUCUGGGUACGUACUGGAAAAUUUUUCUCGGGAUUUACAGAAAAUUAACCUGAUUUUCAUCUCUCAAACCCGGAAGAAAACUCCCCCGUCCCCGGAAUUUUCCGGAAAAAUGUGUCCUUCGGAAAAUCGUUCCCAAAGCCGUAAUUUUCCGGAAAGUUACAUCUUUGGGAACGAUUUUCUGAGAAAACUUCAAUACUGGCUAUCGGAGAGUUCCGUGUUUGAGGAAUUCCGGCUAACGGAGAUAUUACUGUAUAACUGAGAGGUGGCAGUUACAUUUGCUAGAGUGUAUUAUAAUUAUGGUACAGUUAUAGCUGAAACCACUGUACAGUAUAGGCCAAGGCUCUCCUACAAAUUAAUUCUUAUUAAUUUUUAAUGAUUUUCUUAUACUAUUAUUCAGCCCUUCCAUAUACUGUACUGUACAGUAUAAAAAAUGGAAAAAAAUUUGAGAAGAAAGUGCCUUGGUACAGAGAACCAAACAUUAUUACAUCAUGUAAAAAAGAAUUGCUUGGGUCUUUUUUUUUUUUCUAAAAUGCCAAGGUAGGAAGGGCAUUUGUUUUUUGGGUUUUAUUCUAUUUUUAUUGACCACUUAAGUUUUCAAUUUUUUAACCUAAAUGAAAACCUUUUUCCAAUACAUUUACAAAAAUAUAAAUAUACAAAGAAGUUUUGGAAUAAAAUAUAUUUAUUAAUUGAAAAUAUAUAAAGCAUUCAGGAAAAAUUUUAUAUUCUUAUAAACUUUCAGAGUUAAACAGUAAAGAUUAUCAACACCAAUUGUUUCUUUCUGUAGGAUGAUGCUUUUUUGGAAGUCAUUGACACUUAUAUCUGCAGUCACUGCUAAUACUGUAUUGUUCACUGUAAGACAUGCUUCAAUGCUAAAUUCACUUAACUGACAAACAGCAUUGACAUAACAGCUGACAAACAGCAUCACUAUUUUAAUUUUUUUAUUUAUUUUUUUCUUCAACAAUAGCCACUAGGUGAUGAAUAGAAGACUAUCUAUUUUUUUCUGAGUUAUGGGGAAUUAAAUGCAUGGACAAAGUUUUUUUUAAGGGCAGUAAAAAGGCCCAGCGGUGGAAUUGGGAGAAAUUAAAAAAAAAAUAAAUAAAAAAAAUUAAAAAAAAUGAGCAAAUUUCAGAUCCAGCUAUUGGAGAGUUCCGGCUAAGAGGGAUUCUGGCUUACGGAGAUAUUACUUAACUUGGGGUAUAAAGUAGGGCAUCACUCGAGCCUUGGGGAGUGACUGUGAAGUGAAUUAACAGCUUUGCGUAUAACAUAAUUAUAAACCUUCAGAUCAACCCAUAUUAGCACACGCCUAAAGCUGUUCAUGAUACAGACAAGAGACUACAAGUACCUAUGUUAAAAUAACAUUAAAAGGUUCAGAGAAUAAACUAAAAUACAGUUUUAUUUGCACUCACUGCUCUAGUAGCUAUUGCAUUUCCAUAAAAGUACAAGGGAUUGCUGAAUACAGUAAAUUAAGUUACAAGCACAUUGGGCUGACAGCUUCGAAGUUUCUAGUCCAAUGCAAAAUUUGGCCCUGAUGAUAAGUAGCUUACUUGUGGGUGGAUAAGGGAAGGUUUGAGUGCAUUGGAAACUGGAGAUGUGCUGGAUAAGGGAAAUUAAUAGUUAUAGGUUUUGUUUGAUUUGCUAAUCAUACCUGUGUAACAUUUAUGAGCUCUAUUCUUACUGUACAAUCCUGUUGCUGCAGCCUCUAUGUUAAGUAAAUCCUCAUCAUUCAUAGACCCCACAAUCAGACUAUCAAAUUCAUAGCUGAAUGAAAAUGCCAUCACUGGGAGUGGCAGCUGAUUGCUGGCCUGCAGCCAACAUCUAUGCUACAGGAGUGGGAUUAGGCUCCCUAUCAACUGUUUUGGCAUAGCAAUCUUGACAACAAACUGUCUCCUUAUAAACAUGGGUGUUCUGGUUUUUCUGUUACUGCCAUUUCAAUAAUUGAAGACUGGCUUGGGGUCAGUCUGCUAUCUGCUAAUUCUAGCAUUACACACUGGUCAGACAUAGUGUUGGGCUUCAGCCUAUUCGUAAAUUUACUUUUUGUUAAGCAUCUGUUAGUGUGUGUUUGGAAUAGAAAACUUGUUCCCAGUAAAAGUAGGUAUACAUUAAGGAUGUGCAAUGUUGCCAUUAUUGUUUAAUAUUGUAUUUUCAUGGAUGGGGUAUUAAGAAAGGUGAAAGUAAUAGUUGGGGGUGCAAAUUUGGUAAACAAGAAUACAGGAUGCAGAUGGGAAGUGAGUGCAUUGCUCUUUGCUAAUGACACAGCCCUAGUGGGUAGUUCUGGCUAGAAGUUACAAAGUACAGUAUGUCAAAAGGAGUAAAGCUGAGGUUGUUUCAAAGAAGUGUUGAGAUAUUACUAUAUUGAUGAAGCAUGAACCUUGGGUAUAAGAGGAAAAUGCAAAUGAGAAGAACAAUUUAGAAAUCAGAUGGAGAUGUGGAGUAGAAGAAGUUUGAGAGAGCUGACCAUGAUUUGCAUAGGUGGUAUGGGAAUGUGAGAAUAAUGGGAUGUGAAAGAUUGAUAAAAAGGAUAUUUAAUUCAGAGGUAGAUGGUAGUAAGGAAAGGGGAUGAUCAAGAAGAAAGGAAGGAUUGGAUGAAAGACAUGUGAGGGCAAUGGAGAUCCAAGAAGCAUCAGUGAAUGUGAAUAAAAUCUCAGUACUGUACAGGUAUCCCUCAUUUAGUGUUAAUUCACUUAACAUUAAUUUGGUUUAGCAUUAAGAACUUUUGACACACUUUCUCACUUAAAGUUAAAAGAAAAAUCAUGACCAUACUCUAAUGUGGCUUAGAAAUGAAGAAAAUAUAAUAUAAAACUAUAAAAUAUAAACAAUAAAGAGCACGGGUACGUAUGUGUGGGAAGUGAACGUAUGUAUUGAGGCAGUGAGCUGUAACUGCAGCCAGCUGCACCCCCCCCCCUUUGUGAUGUCACGGCAUACAGCGUAGCAGCCACCUACGUCUCUUGAGUCAGCUGGGUGACUGCUCGGCUGAUCUGUCAUGUGUAUACUGUACCAGUAAAUGUGAGCAAUAGAUAAAACUAAUAGCAAAAUAAAAAUAAUAGCAAAAAUACUGCAUUGCCAUUUGGCAAUUGUUUUAUUACACAUGGGACACAGGCGACAGCGUACAGCUGAGAACCCCCAUGAUGCUCCCCCCACUCCCCAGAUGUGUGUGCUAAUUUCCUUGUACAUAAGAAAUGUCUAUUCCCUUUAAGUUUUUGACCAUAUGAUCAUUAUUUUAUAUAUUUUUUUCACAUUCUGUAUGAAAGAUUGUGUGUGUGCAUGUAACGGAAAAAAUGAAGAAAAUUACGUAUACGGUAUCAGUAAUAUCUCCAUUAGCCAGAAUCCCUCUUGACUGGAACUCUCCGAUGGCACAUUUUCUGGAAAAUACCGAGAAAAAUUUCCUGGUGCCUGGAAAAUUCCGUAAAAUUCUGGGAUGGGGGAAUUUUUUCCGAGGUUGAGAAACGAAAUUCAGGUGCAAUUUCCAAAAAUUCUUGAGAAAAAUUUUCUGGUACCUACAUGGAAAAUUCUGGGGCUGGGAUUUUUUACUGGCUUUGAGAGAUGAAAGAAUGCAUCUUUCUGGAAAAUUUCCAGAAAAUUCAGGUACCCAGAAAAAUUCUGGGGAUAAGGGAUUUCUUUCUGGGUUCGAGAGAUGAUGUAAUGAUCAUUUUCUGGAACUUUCAAGAAAAUUUUCCCGAUACCCAGAAAAUUCACGGAAGUGCUCUGCACCAAUUGUUCCAGCUGACGGAGAUAUCACUGUUAUCUACCCAAAAUUAUGAGUUAAAAAAUAACCAUAACAUAGAUCACAGCUGAGCGUCACCUCUUAGUGCUACUGGGUGGCGAGUCGGUGACAGUUACAGUCUACGAGCCCAGUUACACACACCCAUGCUCUUAAUUAUUUUUUUUAGUUUUGUUAUAUUUUCUUUAUUUCUAAGCCACAUUAAAGUAUAGAAAUGACUAUUCCAUAAUUUUUAUAGUUUAAUUACAGUACAUGUAACAAUGGCAACAUGCCAUCUCGUGAAUAUUAUUUCUCGUCGUUUAGCGAUAAUUUCGCUUAACGUUAGAUUUUCAGGAAUGAGACCCCAUCAUUAAAUGAGGGAUAUCCUACAGUGUUAAAAGAUUUAUAGAGGUGUUACAGUAGCCAGAGAGAGUAGAUGGCAACGAAUGGGGAAAGUGUUUGUUCUUGGUUCUGGCCACGCUGCAACAUAGAAAGAGUUUAUGAUUAUAAAUAUCAAGAGAAUGGUAUGUUUGACAGCUUGCAAUCACAAAUUGAGACUACAUAAAGAUAAAAAUAGCUGUGUUAUUAACCCUUAUACUUACUGCAUGCUUUAAUAAUUCCAUUUAUCCUGUACUACUGCUGUCAUAUAUGCAUAUGCCAUCUCAGCAAAUGAAGUAAGGAAGGGUUAACUUUAUUUAUAUACAGAAAAAUCCUUAAAUAUUAAAGACAGAUGAGAUAAACUUUAACUGAAUGGUGUAAAAUACAAAGUUGUACAGAAUGUAAAUUAUUUUUUAACUACCUUAACAAAUGCAGUGUCAUAUUUAACUGGUUUUGAUACAAUAAUUUUGUUAUUUCCUAAACUGUACCCAAAAUUAAACUCUUUGUAAAUUAUUGGUUAGUUGUUGUUCUUUACCAAAGGAGGAAAUGAAUCGAGCAAAAAUUAUUUGAUGUAUGUAUGUGAAGUAUGUACUUUAAAAUAAACAUUUGGAAUUACUGCAUUGUAGUUUGGUUACUCGUAAGGAAUCUUUGUAUUUAUUUUCUCUUUAUACUUUUAUAAAUUUUAUUAGGACCAUAGUUAUCACUGUAUAUUGUGUAAUAAAUGCAGCAAUACUG